GCGGCCAACGGGCCGGGCUAUAGGCUAGUACUAAUAAAGUUUUAAAAACUUAUAGAUUUUGUUGACAUAACCUUUUGUCUUGCCUGCAUUAAGUCUGACCUGCACCCCGUAUCUAAUGAUAAAUAUUUAUUAAACUUCCGGUUGUUUUAUUUAGACACAGAUGGAAGAUAUAUUAACAAAAAAAUCUAUUUGCCAUAUGUUCAGAUACGCUUUUUAACAACUUUUGGAACCGUAAUUAUUAACAUGACAGAACAGAAGGUUGAAGGAGGAUUAUAAAUAGAUAAUAUCACAUCACAAAAUUUAUAAGAAAAAAAACAUCAGUCUCUCUAUACCAAAAGACCUCCAAUUUAGCGAAAUCUGCUACAGUACAACCACCUUGAACUCAAUACUUCAAUCCUCAAAGGUGAACCCUAACCGACCCUUUUCGACACCCCAAUAGUAGUGGAAGUAGUUGUGAAGUUGACUAUUAAUAGAUCAACAAGACAACAAUCCAAUUAUCCAACCAUAGUUUACUUGUUUCAAAAAAAAAAAAAAAAUCUUAUGAAUGAUGAUAAGAGUAGUAGUAUGACAAAUACGGUAGACAAACAUACUUCCGGAAUUAGGGUAGAAAUUUGUUUGCCCUACUGAGGUUCCGUGGCGCUCAAGACUUCCAAUGGCCGAAUCCCGUGCAAUUUUUGCUCGUAAUUUAAACUGAUACGCCUCCUAUGUGUCCAACUAAUACUCUCUACUUUCUUGCUACAGGUUUUCGAUUCCUUCUUCCCCACAUCCGCCAUGGACGCCAAUCAUGCCGCUGAUGAUCAGAGCUCCACAAACCCACUGGUUAUCCUGCCGGAGACGGCUGAAGGAGCUCCCAACGGAGUCAUCGUGGAAGACGAACCCCAAGAACUAGAGAAGGAGAGCAGGGCAGAGACCAAAACAGCUGACGAGCAGAGCGACAACCCGGAUUCCGAUGGCUCAGACGAGGAGCAAAGCUCCUACGUCGACAGCGAUCACACCGUUCUGGCCGUAAGAGAAGAGGAGCAAAGCUUCGGUGAGGAUGCCGAAUGGUCUGAUGUCGACAGCGAGCACACCAUCCCUGCCGUAAGAGAGGAGCAAAGCUUCGGUGAGGAAUGGGAAAGCUCCGACGUCGACAGCGAUCGCACCGUUCUGGCCGUAAGAGAAGUGGAGCAAAGCUUCGGUGAUGAUGCCGAAGGGUCUGACGUCGACAGCGAUCACACCAUCCCUGCCGUAAGAGAGGAGGGGCAGAGCUUCGGUAUGGAAUCGGAAAGCUCUGAGGUCGACAGUGAUCGCACCGUCCCAGCCGAGGAGCAUAGCUCCGACGAGGAUUACGACGACAGCGGCAGCGACUACUCGGAAGACUACCAAAGCCGCUACUACCCCUUCCAGCGAUCCUACACUUGCCGUCCGAUAAGCGGGAACAGUAGGGAGCAUCUCGAACAGGGGAACCUGGUCAUACUGCCGGAAUCGGCCCUGGAGUUUCUCUACAGAUACCGACCAAGCUACCCGAUGUUGUUCGAGAUCAGGAACGACUCGAAGGAGCGGGUUUCUCACUGCGGGGUGGUGGAAUUCACCGCCGAAGAAGGGACGAUGAUGGUGCCGGGGUGGAUGAUGGAGAAUCUGAAGGUGGAGGCAGGGGAGACUCUGCUCCUGAAGAGCACCACUCUCGAGAAGGGCACCUUCGCCAAGCUUCAGCCGCAUUCCGUUGCGUUCUUGGCUACAAGGGACGUGAAAGCGGUGCUGGAACAAACUCUUAGCGCCAACUUCUCCUGCCUGACCACCGGAGACACCAUUGCUAUCAACGUCGGGAGCAAGACGUUUUACAUCGACAUUGUAGAGACAAAGCCUGGUGAUGCCAUCUGCAUCAUUGACACGGAUUGCGCCGUGGAGUUUGCUGUUCCUUUGGAUUACAAAGAGCCGGCGCCAGCCCCAGCGUCGCAGGAGAUUAGGGAAGAGGGAGUGGGUGGUUCUCGGGGAUUCAUACCGUUCACCGGAGCAGCAAGGAGGCUGAAUGAGACGGCGGUGGCGGUUGAUGAAGAGAUGCAGAGUGUUGGUGCAGAGCCUCAGAGAGUGCAAGCUAGACGUGUGGCUACAGCAGCUAAACCGGAGAAUAAGCAGUUUCAGCCUUUCAGUGGAAGGAAAUAUACCUUAGGUGGCUGACCUUGAUUGCUUACUGUAACUGCUGUCAAAUUUUUGUGUUUUCAAGUCAAGUUAGAUGUUACCAGUUUAAUAUUUGCAGUGUAAUACAGUUUUUGUGAAUUGCUAAAUGGAAGCAAUCAUAAUGAAUCACAGUUAUCCCA